AUGGUUACUACAACAAAUAUAAGUAUUUACAGUCUCUUUGUUUUGAUUGCCCUUGUCUCUCAUUCAUUGGCAGCUUGUUCGUUUGACAAUAAUUUUGGACCUAUCGUCAAUGCGGAAAUUGCCCAAAACUCCUUAUCCAAUUUUGGAAAGAUCAUAAGUGAUAAUGUGGCAUUAAUUCCCACUGUUGGUGGUAUUGUCGAAGGAUUAUUCGAUAUUUUAUGGCCUAAUGGAGAUCAAAUGGUGACCACGGCCAUCAUUACCUACCUCGAUCAGCUCUUCAAUCAGGCAGAAUUGUGUUCAUAUUUAAACAACGCCCAAUCAUUUCUUGUCUUGGAUCAGUUGAAUGUUCAGAAUUUUCUUAACUCUCUCUCUGGAGAUCCCCAAAGCAUCCAACUCUCCUUCGAAUCUAAUUCUUUUCAAAUGAUAGGAAAUUCAGUCCACUUCCAGUCUCCCAACAACUGUAACAUUUCUAGUGUGUAUCUCACACUCUAUGCCCAUCACAGUACAUUGCUCUUAUCUUUGUACAAUCAUGUUUUGAAGAUUGCAAACACUGGUAACUGGGACCCACAUUGGAUCAAUACCCAAAGGGAGAAACUUAGAAGUUUGUCACAGGAAGCCACCAACUAUGUUUCUGAUCUCUUCCUCACUAUCCAUGAGCUAGGAUGUGAAAGCUUUGGGAUCCCUCCAUACAUGGAUGGAGCAACUCUGACUGAGGAUCAAUACAAUGCCGUGGCAAACUACAUGGUGGCUCACAUACCCUCCCUCGACCUGAGUUUCUUCUGGAACUACCUAGAUCCCAUCUCGUAUCCGAAUGGACCUCCAUCCAAAACUCAAUCAUUCAUCGUUUCUCCUCUCUCUGGUGGGUACAAUGGACCCUCUUCCAUGGGUGACCCAGUAGUGCAAGCAUCAACACCUCUUCCAGACCCUCGUUCAUUGUCUUGGCAACGAGCCAACACAGUUUUGAACCCAACUUCCUCCAAAGUUUAUGGAAACCACCAGUACAUCAACUGUAACUUCUGUGAUCGUGUCCGUCCCACACCCAAUUGUUUUAACAAGAGGGCAACCUUUGUUGGAAUAGCUGGCAUUGAGAUGUUCAAUGGGUCCAACUCGCUCCUUCAAGGAUCUCGAGGUACCAGGAAUCUAGGAUCCACCUCAGACUACCCUCCCAUAAUCAGCUUGUUGGCACACACCGGAGACUAUGUAGACCAAGUACAAUUCAACUACAGCAAUGGAGUUGACAGUCAAGUGUUUGCUGCCGACUCUGGUGGAGGUCCACAUCGAAUCGAUAUCCCUCCUGGAUAUUAUCUCGCCGGUGCUUACAACGCCUCAUUUGUCAUCCCCUAUUCAUAUGCAUACCCCAUCAACUAUUGCCCUCGACUCAACACUAUUAGUGCCUUCUCCUACAUCUUUGCCGAGAUUCCAAAGUCUAAUCCUCCUAUUAGCUCUGGAACAAUUAAGAAUGUGAACACACAAACUUGUCUUGUCGAGUUGGUUAGUGGGGUGGUUAUGAUGUCCGAUUGCACUAAUGAUCUCUUGGUCAAUGGUUCUUUAACUUGGAGCUUCCCGGUUACUGACUAUGGAGCCCAGAUCAUGAAGCCAGACUCCAGUAUACCACUUUGGUUCUUCAUUGAUGACAACUAUACUCCAUCGGCGGGUUUGGAGUUCAUUGAGACCAAUACCACAAAUGGAGAAUAUAUGAUCAGGAUGGGAAGUUAUUGUCUGCAAGCAACUACUGUAGGCUAUAUGUAUGCAUGGACUGUUUGUGACCCAACGGACAACACAUUCCUUUGGACAUUUACCAACUACCCUAUCAGCUACACCCAUAUCUCUGUUUUGAAUCCCAAUGGCUGUGUGGAUGCCACCGGACGACUCUGCCCCAGCUCCUUGUCUCAGAGUGACAAACUCAUUGCCAACAACUUCACUCUCCAAUUAACCUACAAUGGAUACUUGGAGGUAGUGGACGCUGUGAACAAUGUAACAGAGUGGACAUCAAACCCUGCACCAGUUCCCGCGACCGAUUACCAGUACCUCUCGUUCUACGCCGAGUUCCAAGAUGGUGACUUCUGCAUAUUUGGCCUGUACCAACACCUGUUCACGUCAGACGUCACCAUCGUGAAGAUCUGGUCCACCAACUCUCAGAACGGUGCAUACCUCAACUUCCAGCCAGCUGACACCACCGGCUAUGUCCUUUGCGUCGUCGACGACUUCUUCAACCAAGAUUUCUGUGCA